UAUGCGCUUUAGGUAAAUCUCUGACAAAACCCAGAUUUCAUAACUUGGAGUCAAAAGCCUCUUUGUUACCCACUUCAUUUGUUCUCUGGUAUAUUCUGUGUGUGCCUCCAGCCAGCUUAAUCCACCAAAAGGGUAGCAAGAAGGGAGGGGGGCCAUUGACCACUUGAGGAAAUGGAGACUUUAGUGUUUUUAUUUUCGUUUUCUGCCCUUGGUGUUCUCUAUGCUAUGAACACCACCCCUGAGUUUCAAGAGCCUUAUGUGAUCUUGGAGAUUGGAGUUGCUGUGCUGGUUAUUGUGUUUCUCUUCUACUACCUCAUUACUCGUGGCAACCCGCCUAAAGACUUCUUAUUCUUUGUUUUUGCAGAGUUUUGUUUUACAUGUGUCAUUGAUCUGACUAGUGCUUUGGAAUAUGAUGGAGUUAUUUCUGGCUUUAUGGAUUUCUACCAGAGGACAGGCGAGCCUUACCUGGGGACUGCAUACGCCAUCAUGAUGUGUUACUGGGAUGGAAUAGCACACUUUAUCCUGUACCUGAUGAUGAUCAGCAGGAUAACAGACAGGAGAGCCUACCGUACCCUGGGCCUAUUCUGGGCCGGCUCCCUGUGUGCUAACAUGAGCGUGUUUAUCUCUGGGAUCGUAGCAGGUAAAUAUGGCUCUGAGAUCCGUCCAGCUUUCUGGAUCAAUUUCCUAUUUCUUCUGAUGCCCAUACUGGGAGCCGUCACCCUGUUCACUCGGCCCAAGGACAGGCCACUUAUCGGGGGAUACAACGCCCAACACGCCCAGACCAUGAAGCUAAUCUGGCGCCCCUUGGACCUGAUCCUGGUGGUUCUCCUGUUAGCCGCCAUGGCAUUCACCAUCCUCAGAGGCCUGGUGGCUCUGGACUCUCCACUUGAAGCCUGCUCUGUAUACCUAAGUCAAUAUGAACCCUACCUGAAGGAUCCUGUGGGCUAUCCCAGGGUGAUGAUGCUGCACCUAUUCUUUUAUGGGCUGCCUCUGCUGGGUGCAUUUGUUUAUGGCCUCCUCAGACCUGGCUGCACAUGGAUGUCAGACUGGACAACGUUCUUUGCUGGUGCCAUGAUCCAGUGCCAGUGGUCCCACAUUGGGGGAUCCCUUCAUCCUCGCACUACAACUCCCUUUCGUAUCCCGAAUGAUGCUUUCUGGACAGUCCUUGGAGCUAACCUGCUCUACGCUGCUGUUCCCAUCAUGGUGGCCAUGCGGGUUCACAGUAACCCAUACUUUUUCUUAAAAAUUGCUCCUUUCCCUGGGCAGACUGGUUUGCCAAACAGUGAGGAGAAAGACACCAAGUUCAAAGACAAAUGAAUCUGAAUUAUUACUGACUUUUGGAGAUAAUCACUUAUGUCAAUGUUCAUAAAGAGCUGUUUUAUCACAAAUGUCAUACUUGAAAAUUCCUCAAUAAAAGAUUAUUUUGCGGAAAA